UUCCACUCUACUGUACAAAGACAUGGUAGCUAACCAUUUCAUGCCAGAGAACAAGGAAAGCUUCGUUCAUCUUGAUUUGCCAGUUAUAGACCUCUCUUGGAAAAGAGAGAGAGCGAGGAAGCUCAUUGUGAGAGCUUUCAAGGAAUUUGGUUUCUUUAAGCUGAUUAACCAUGGUGUUUCAAAGGAUAUUAUUUACAAUAUUGAGAAGGAAAGUAAGGAAUUCUUCUCAUUGCCUGCCUCUGAGAAGCAAAAGGCUGGACCUCCAAAUCCUAUAGGAUAUGGAAGUAAGAAGAUUGGAUUCAAUGGUGAUACCGGCGAGCUCGAGUACCUUCUCUUCCACACAAAUCCUUCUUCUAUCUACCAAAGAGUUAGGACACUUAACAGGGAGGAUCCUAGAAACUUCUGUUGUGCAGUGAACAAUUAUGUGGAGGCCAUGAAGGAGCUUGCUUGUGAAAUUCUAGACAUGUUAGGAGAAGGAUUGGGGCUUGAUGACAAGAGGACCUUUAGCAAGCUUGUAAGGGAUGAAGAUAGCGACUCACUUGUGAGAUUAAACCACUAUCCUCCCUAUUAUGGAAACAGUGAAGAUAGAUUGAGCAUCUCUAAAAAUAAAGAUGACAAGGUUGCCAGGGUUGGAUUUGGGGAGCAUUCUGACCCUCAGAUGUUGACAAUCCUAAGAUCAAAUGAUGUAGAAGGCUUGCAGAUACAAUCACCUACAAAUGACAGAGUGUGGAUACCAGUUAAAUCAGAUCCAUCUGCCUUCUUCGUCAACGUUGGUGAUGCACUCCAGGCAAUGACAAAUGGAAGGUGUUUGAGUGUGAGACAUAGGGCCAUGGCCAAUACUAGAAGAUCAAGGCUCUCCACAAUGUUCUUUGCUGCACCACCACUUCAUGCUUGUAUCUCUCCUUUGCCUGAGAUGGUUACACUUGAGAACCCACAAAAAUAUAGGUCGUUCACCUGGGAUGAGUACAAGAAGAUAAUGUACUCACUAAGACUUGCUUCAAAUCGACUCAACCUCUUCCAGUUGGACUACAAGGAGGAAAACAUAAAAGUAAUUAGUUGACUAUUAUAAGUUUUAAGAGCAGAGAUAUAAAGGAGAUAUAUUCAUAAGGGCUUGUGUUCAAUCUCUAAUUUUUUCCAACAAAUUUUGCUAGUUGUGAACUGAUGAUUAGAGAGGGAUCAAUUAGUUUAGUGGAAUUCAUUUUGUACUGUAAGUUAGAGUAGAUAGGAAUAUGAAUUCAAAUUAAUUAUUUGUAAAAUGUAAUUAGGUGAUUUUUUUUUUCCUAUUCCAAGUCAAGGCUCUCUCCCCUUGAAUGAACAUU